AUGCUGGUGAUGAGCUUGGUGCCAGCGGUAGCCGCCGGUGAAGAGUCGAUGACGAUCAGCAUGCCGAACUGCAACACCACUUGCGGCAACGUGAGUGUGCCAUACCCGUUCGGCAUAGGACCGGAUAGGUGCUACUGGCCCGGGUUCAAGCUCACCUGCGACCACAAAAGCAAGCCCCCACGGCUUCUCCUCGGCGAGGGAGGCGCCAGUGCGUCAGAGGUCCUCCACAUCUCCCUGGAGAACGCCACGAUGCGCGUCAUCGGCCAGGGAGUGCACAGCAUAAACAUGAGCGACUCCGGCGAUGGGCUCAGCCGCUGGAACUGGAGCCUCGCUGGCAACACCAUCGGUGGGGUGCUGCCGUACAUCCUUGCGGAUGACUGGAACGAGCUCAUCCUCACGGGGUGCAACGUGCAGGUUACGCUGCAUAGGACCAAAGGGAGCAGCGGCCGUGAGAAGAUCGUUAGCGGCUGUGCCUCCUUCUGUUCCAUCUGGCUGAUGGAGACCCGCAAUACCACAUAUGAAGGCGAUAACCUCUGCGUCAACAUCGGCUACUGCCAGUCGGCCAUCCCCGGGGGAUACUCAUCCUAUGGCGUGGAGCUUAAACGGCUCGACGGCGGCUUGCCGAGAUGGAAAGAUCACAUGGAAGUCAACGUGGUGAACGUACUCAUCGCCGAGGUGGGCUGGCUCAACCAUAAUCGGACAGAUAAUCUGCGUUUCGCGCUCGGAAGGAAAGCUGCUGAGGUGAGAGUCCCUGUGAUUCUCCGUUGGGCGGUGCCCGACGGAGCGGCACCGGCACAUGACUACUACACGGGGACGGAUGCAUGUCCCGCCGAAGCAGCUCUGGCCAUCUGCAAAAGCACCAACAGCCAGUGCAAAGACGAGUCAACCCCUGCAUCCACGGGCUUUUUUUCCCAGAAGGAUGGAGAAUCCCAGCCCACAUUCAAAAGUUAUACUUGCCGGUGCAAGAAGGGCUACCACGGUAACCCUUAUCUCACCGCCGGAUGCCAAGAUAUCAAAGAGUGUGAUCAAAAAGAAGAAUAUGGAUGCUUUGGCGACUGUGAGGAACUUCUAGGAACGUUCCGGUGUGGAUGCCCCAAAGGGACCAAGGGCAACCCGAGAUUACGCAACGGCUGCGUGGAGCCUGUGGUAAACACAGGUAAUCACCACUUGAGAUUAAUCAUUGGUCUGUCUGUUGCUAGUGGCCCAUGUGUUCUUAUUUCGGUUCUUGGCGCAAUCAUAAUAAGCCGUAAUCUUAAGCAACACAAGGCGAGGACGUUGAGACAGAAGUUUUUUCGACAAAAUCGUGGACAACUGUUGAAACAACUCGUAUCUAAUAGGGCCGACAUCGCAGAGAGGAUGCUCAUUUCAUUAGAGGAGCUAGAGAAGGCUACUAAUAAUUUUGAUCAAGCUCGUCGGCUCGGUGGUGGAGGUCAUGGCACCGUCUUCAAAGGUAUCUUAUCAGAUCAGCAUGUUGUGGCCAUCAAGAAAUCAAAGAUCAACCAUAAGAAUACCGAGAGAGAAAUUGACGAAUUCAUUAAUGAGGUUGUCAUACUCUCACAGGUUAACCAUAAGCAUAUUGUGAAGCUUCAUGGUUGUUGCCUUGAGACGGAAAUCCCUCUACUCGCAUAUGAGUUCAUUUCUAAUGGAACACUCAGUGACCAUCUUCACACGGAGGCCCCAAGAUCAAUAUCAUGGAAAGAUAGGCUAAGGAUAACAAGUGAAAUAAGCAAAGCUCUAGCUUAUCUUCACUCUGCCAUUUCAGUCCCAAUAAUCCAUAGAGAUAUUAAGCCAUCCAACAUACUUCUUGAUGAUGCCUUGACAGCGAAAGUGUCAGACUUUGGAGCAUCAAGGAAGAAGCCCUCAUUGUGUAUGUCCUCCGAAGGCGAUUGGAUCGUCACGCGGUUUGUUGAACUACUUGAGGAUAACAAUUUGGUUGAUAUACUGGAUCCUCAGGUUGUGGAGGAGGGAGGUAGUGAAGUGGAAGAAAUAGCUAGUCUAGCUGUGUCGUGCAUGAAAUUGGUAGCAGGAGAGCGCCCAACAAUGAGGCAAGUUGAAAUGGUGUUGGAAGCUCUCCAACCACCUAACGAGUAUGUCCCUUGUGAUUUGUCUGCUGCAUCGUUGAACUAUCCAUCUACCAGUAGAAGAGCAAAGCAAAGCGAAACGAGCAGGUGCUAUAGCCUAGAAGAAGAGUUUAUGUUAUCGGCGAGAUACGCUCGGUAG